UACUAGCCAGGGAGAAUGGCAUAGGACGCCCUCAAACCCUUCGUCGGGCAGAAAUGACGAAGAGAAUGUAUGAACUUGAAUUGAGUCAAUUCAAAGAAGUGGCUCGUGGACACCAUGCUCCAAUCAACUGGAUUGAAAUAGAUAGAGUGGAAAAGAAAUACCUUCUUUCAGCUGGAGCUGAUAGCCAAAUACACAUAUACGACAUAGAAGAACCUGUACAUACAAAGUUGUGGAAGAUACCUUCCAUUGCAAGAGUUGAAAAAAAAAAUCGUCAAAAAUUUGGCGUUUCUUCAGUUGCCUGGUAUCCCUUCGAUACCGGCAUGUUCAUAAGCUCAUCAUUUGAUAAUACUGUGAAUGUUUGGGAUACUAACACCAUGACGCCGGCAUGUACAUUUGAUUUGGAAGAAAAAGUGUUCUCGCAGGCCAUAUCACCUAUUGCAUAUCAUAGCUUGGUUGCCGGAGCGUCAGCAGAUCCACGAGUGCGGCUUUGUGAUUUGCGCUCCGGUGCGUUUACGCAUUCACUUACGGGACAUAAUGGGAGUGUCAUGGCAGUACAAUGGUCAACAAGAUACGAGCACAUGCUGGUGACAGGCGGUACGGAUUGUACAAUUCGAGUUUGGGAUAUACGAAAAGCGGCAGCUUGCAUCAUGUCCCUAGAUCAAUAUAACACAGAAGAUGCUGAUCCUUUGUCAUCAACUAAUCAAGCCCACAAUCGACCCAUCAAUGGACUAGCCUUCUCUUCGGAUGGUUUACACAUCAUCUCGUUGGGUAUGGACGAAAAGAUAAGACUGUGGGAUGCAUAUACGGGCCAAAACACCUUGGUCAACUAUGGCCCUCAUUUACGAAAUCGAUCGAGAACCACCAUAAAACCACUCAUUGUCGAUAACGGUAUUUGGCCCCCAUUGAUAUUUAUUCCCAGCGACGAUCAUCAGGUGUUAGCCUUCGAUAUGCUUGAUGGAAGCUUAGUCAAGCGGCUGCGUGGUUCCUAUGGCAGAGUCACAUCGGUAGAUAAGCGACCAGGAAGAGAGGAGCUGUAUAGCGCUUCUAAAGAUCAAGAAAUUCUAGUCUGGGAAGCGCCACGAAAAGAUUCAGAGCUAAUAGAUAGGCGGCCAGAGGCUGAAAUGGAUGCAUGGAGUAGUGACGAAGACGAAUAGGACAGAUAUUAGUGCGCGCACUGGAAAUGCUUGUAAAUUCACCGCCAGACACUUGAUCUGUUUCAUGAAAAGCCAGGAGAGCUACCAAAACAGAAAACAUUUGGAGGUAUCCAAUUAAAUUAAAUAAUAAAGUAAUGACAAAUCAUUAAAGCUAUUUUCGAUCAAAGGGGAUGAAGCCUUUACCAGGAAGGCACAGUUACUCCUGACAGUUCUUGGCUGGCUGAUUUGACCUUGCGCC